AAACCCCCACCCAGUAAAACAAAAUCCGUCGGCGUGGUUCUAAUGGAAUUGUCCUUUCGGUUGGCUAUCUUCUCUGAACAUAAAUAGGGUAUCCUCCAGGUAGAAUUGGCGGUGGUGUCCUCUCCUCUCUUUAAGUGGUAGAUUCCCAAACCACAUCUCAUAUUCUCCAGUGCCUGUUUCACCAGAAGAAGGAAAAAAAUGGGAGGCGGCAACGGGCAGAAGGCAAAGAUGGCUCGCGAGAAGAACUUGGAGAAGCAAAAAGCUGCUUCCAAGGGAAGUCAGCUCGAAUCAAACAAGAAAGCCAUGUCGAUCCAGUGCAAGGUGUGUAUGCAGACAUUCAUUUGCACCACUUCGGAAGUGAAGUGCAGGGAGCAUGCAGAAGCCAAACACCCCAAAUCUGACGUCUAUACAUGUUUCCCCCACCUCCAGAAAUGAAGAUGAAGCAGGAGAGAAAGAAAGGACUUGUGGGGAUUGGUUAAAAGCUUCAUAUAUAUUGUCGUAGGUGAUCGAGUUUGGAACUUUCCAAAGCAAUUCGUUCAGAUUCUUGGAUGUUUUUGCUAUGUGUUGUGGAGUUUGUCUAUAUUACUAUGAUGCCUUGGUUACAUUAUUGACUUUAUCUU